CAUCGCCAUUGACAUGCUUGUGCUUGUAUGUACUUAAACAAGCAUUGUUUAUCAUGGCAGCUGUAGCUUUAGUACAAGGUGCCAGCAGAGGGCUUGGACUGGAGUUUUGCAAACAUAUUUUGUCAAAGAAAAGCGAGGCACUGAUUAUCGCAACAUGCAGAAGUCCAGAAAAGGCACUCCAGUUGAAAGAUUUAGGAGAAAGGUAUCCGGGAAAGGUCACAAUUCUGAAGGUGGAUGUGACCCGAGAAAAUGAAAUUCAGCAAGCCGCCGAAAUAGUUAAAAGCAAAUUUGGGAAAAUAGACCUUUUAAUUAAUUCGUCCGCUAUGUUGCUUCCAUCGGGAAAGGGUGAAACUAGCCUUCGGGAUAUAUCGUUUGAGGGUCUUGUUGCCACCCUGACUACUAAUACAGUUGGACCUCUUGUGAUGGCAAAAUAUUUUAGCCCUUUGUUGAUGAACGGAAGUGGAGGGUUUGGGCAACAGACAGCUGAUAAAUCUAAGCAACACAGUGGCAUUAUAGUCAACAUGACUGCUAAAGUUGGGUCUAUUGGAGACAACCGGUUGGGAGGAUGGUACAGUUACAGGAUGUCCAAGGCAGCACUGAACAUGGCUACCAGAAACCUCAGCAUUGAGCUUGGCAGAGGAAGGGCAAAGGUUGUGUGUGUGUCACUGCAUCCAGGAACUGUGGACACAGACCUGUCCAGGCCUUAUCACAAAAAUGUUCUCAAAGAUAGACUUUUUACUACUGAGUGUUCAGUACAGUACUUAAUGAAUCUUAUAGACAAUCUCAGUGUGGAUAAAACUGGAAAGUGUUUUGCUUGGGAUGGCUCAGAAAUACCUUGGUAAAUGAACCUUGAUAAUACCCAUUUUGAACUAUUGCAAAUGUGAUAUUAACUGGCUUUAAGAUAGUGGUAGUUUGUUGCAGCAGUUACAAUAUAAUGUCAGCACAAUGUAUUAAUAAAUAUUUCUAAGUACUUUGUUCUGAUUUUUAAAUGUCAUUAUUUCUUUAAACAGAUUUUAUGUUUAAUAUCAACAGUGGUUAUAUAACCACAAGACACCUUUCACUUCACAACAUUAUGUAUAUGUGUGUGUGUGUGUGUGUGUGUGUGUGUGUGUGUGUGUGUGUGUGUACAUUCAGCCCAAAAUUGGAUAUUGUGGGAAUCAUAGUUGUAGUUCCCAAAAGUGGCCAUGUGGGGGUGUCAUGGGCUCACUUUAUUUAUCUUCAUGCAUCUAUGUUGUUUAAUAAAAUAAUGCAGAAACUGGAGAAAACGUCUAGUAAAAUUGCCUUUUGUCUCCAGUAGAUUUAAUUCCAGAAGUAAACAGCACUACUGUACUGUGUAUAAUACCUGACUAAAGAUAAUAACGGUAAAUAAACUAAACUGGGGUUAAAAACUGCACUUUACCCAUACUUUAGUGUUAAUGAAUUGAACUAUGGUCUAUAUUUUUUUAUUUAUUUUUAUUUUUAUUAUGUAACCCUCUGAAUACAAGAUAAAUAACCAGUGCUCGUGGUCAAACUCCAAAGUACAGUGGAGGUAAAUUAACUUUAUCUGUUCAAAUGGUGGCUGUUUAAAAUCUCAAUUCAGAUCAUAUAAUGUAAGUUUACUUGAAGACAGAUUUUUCAGGUCAGGGUCACUAUCUUUGUGAAGUUAAUGGUGAACUGAGAGAUCACGGUGAAUUAACUGUCAUUGAUUUGUAUGUACAGGCAUUAUGUUCAAUGCAAUUUCAUUUUAAGAAAAUUUACAAAUGAGAGGAGGCCAUUCGGCCCAUCUUGCUCGUGUGG